AUGGAACGACCCAUCACUUCGAAGGAGCUCCGCGAAGGAGGCAGAGCCUGUUUGAGCAGAGAAAGCUCGACAGCCCACGCUGUCGAGCACCCGAGACCAUCCGUUCAACCCAACCAAAUGUACACCCAAACCCCCGAAAGGCGCCCUUUCGGGGGAACUGGAGCUGACAACGCUAAGAUCAUGCAGGAACUCAGGCACAGAGUACAAAACCUUGAGCGGGAGUUGGUAGCGAGGGGCCAGUCCCAUGAAAAUGCCGGCCACUCACACGGCGGCGCAAGCCGGUCCCACGCCUGCACCCGCUCCCCCUCUCGCGCCCAAGAUAGCCAGGGUAGAAGCCUGACGAGGCACGAAGAGGCGCACACGCAAGCAACAUCCAAACCCACUCGAAGCAGGUCGGAAGGGCGUGGGAGGUCCCAAAAGGGAGAGACCGAGAGACAAGAAGACCCCGUCAUCAUGGGCGCAACCCCUUUUCACCCAGCAAUCCUCAAGGUCUGGCUUCCGAGAAAAUUCGACAAGUCGACGGACAUGAGGUAUGAUGGGACCAAGGACCCCCAGGAGCAUGUCACAGCCUUCGAAGCAAGGAUAAAUUUGGAAGGAGUAGGUGAUGCCGUCAGAUGCCGGGCAUUCCCAGUAACGCUGGCCGGACCUGCGAUCCGAUGGUUCAACACGCUCCCACAAGGGUCCAUCACAACCUUCGCAGACAUAUCCCAGAAGUUCCUAGCCCGGUUCACGACACGUAUAGGCAAAGCGAAACACCUAAUCAACCUAUUGGGGGUCACCCAAAAACCAGGGGAGCCGACUAGGAAAUUCCUAGACAGGUUUAACGACGAGUGCUUGGAGAUCGACGGCCUCACGGAUUCAGUUGCUAGCCUAUGCCUAACAAAUGGCCUACUAAACGAAGACUUUAGGAAGCACCUCACAAUCAAACCCGUGUGGACCAUGCAGGAAAUUCAAAGCGUCGCCAAAGAAUACAUCAACGAUGAAGAAGUUAGCCAGGUAGUAGCAGCCAAUAAACGGCAGCCUCCUAGCUCGUCAACCCAACAGGCCCCCCAAACCGACAGGUACAAAGAAGCUCCCAGAGAUAGCAGCCUAAACAAACCACCCAAGCACCCACGAAUAGGGAGGUUCACGAACUACACGCCAUUUACGGCGCCCAUAGUAGAAGUCUACCAACAAAUUGCAGACAAGGGGAUCCUGCCAAGGCCUAGAUCACUAAAAGAGAGAACAGGAGGCAACAAAAACCUUUACUAUGAUUACCACAAGGGAUAUGGGCACAAGACCCAAGACUGCUUUGAUCUCAAAGAUGCCUUGGAACAGGCCAUUAGAGAAGGAAAACUAAGCGAAUUUUCCCAGCUCCUCAGGGAGCCGAGGAGGCGGGAAAUGGAGCGCUCUGAGGAAGAACGGAGUCGAGCUGUCAAGCCAAGGCAAGAACUCCCAGGAAAUGAAGGCAACCCCCCAACGUUCGUAGUUAACAUUGUGGUCGGGCGUGACAGCCCCCCCAAAUCCAAGUCGGCAGUAAGAAAGGACACCCGGGUAUUCUCCAUUUCGACGGAUAACCCUACCACCGGCAAAGGGCACCCUACAAUCUCCUUUGGUCCAGAAGAUAAAUGGUUCAACGACCUUCCCAAAAAUCCCCCCAUGGUGGUUACAGCAAUGGUCGGCACAUGA